CACAUAUACUGAUAUACACACAUAUAUACUUAUUUCCUGCUCUACUUUUGCUCUUACAUACCUCUCCUUCGCUACAAACCCAGCAAAGAUCGGCUUUUGGAUCGAUCUGAUCGCCCUUUCCUUCGUCCUGCUUCACGUUCCUGAAUUCUUCUUCUUGUUUCAUAUUCUGGGUUCACCCUUUGAUUGUUCCUCUCUUCGCGUGCUAGGGUUUUGAUUCUGUCAAAGAGUUCUCUUUUUUCUGGGUUUAAUUUUCUAUUCGACGAAAAACCUCUCUUCUUCCUCUCCGGCGAUGGUUUUAUCGGCGAAGCAAACCAUCGCGGCGAAGGUCGGAGUAUUCGAUCCGCUUUUUCGGCGUAACCCGUCAUGCCUUUUCCGGCGAUCUCCGGCCUCGCUGUCGUUUCCGGCGACGGAGCUACCGAAGCGAACAGCGUUGGCCGUGUCGAGGCCUCUGUACCUUUCGUCCCUCGUUCCGAGGAGGAAGAAGUCUCCGAUGAGAUGCGACGCGUACGAGGCGGACCGAUCGGAGCCUCAGCCGAUUGAUGCGGCGACGGCGAAAUCGGAGGCGGCGAAGCGCGUGAAGAUUGGGGUUUACUUCGCGACGUGGUGGGCUUUGAACGUCGUCUUCAACAUCUACAACAAGAAAGUCUUGAACGCUUACCCUUAUCCAUGGCUGACUUCCACACUGUCCCUUGCCGCCGGUUCGCUCAUCAUGCUCGUAUCCUGGGCUACCAGAAUCGCCGAGGCGCCGCAAACGGAUUUCGAGUUCUGGAAGACUCUUUUUCCGGUUGCUGUGGCUCACACAAUUGGGCAUGUAGCAGCAACUGUGAGUAUGUCAAAGGUUGCGGUUUCCUUCACUCACAUCAUCAAGAGUGGCGAGCCUGCGUUCAGUGUGUUGGUCUCAAGGUUCCUUUUGGGUGAAACCUUCCCCACCUCGGUCUACCUCUCCCUCAUUCCCAUCAUCGGUGGUUGCGCUCUCUCUGCCCUUACCGAGUUAAACUUCAACAUGACCGGUUUCAUGGGAGCCAUGAUUUCCAACUUGGCUUUCGUCUUCCGGAACAUAUUCUCGAAGAAGGGCAUGAAAGGAAAGUCUGUGAGCGGGAUGAACUACUAUGCUUGUCUCUCCAUCUUGUCUCUCUUGAUACUCACACCCUUUGCCAUUGCGGUCGAGGGGCCACAGAUGUGGGUUGAUGGGUGGCAGAAGGCUCUCUCUGAUAUUGGACCCCAAUUCGUCGCGUGGGUGGCUGCCCAGAGCGUGUUCUAUCAUCUCUACAACCAAGUGUCAUACAUGUCCCUGGACGAGAUCUCUCCCUUGACGUUUAGUGUCGGUAACACCAUGAAACGUAUCUCCGUCAUCGUCUCUUCCAUCAUUAUCUUCCACACUCCUGUCCAGCCCAUCAAUGCCCUCGGAGCCGCCAUUGCCAUCCUCGGAACCUUCUUGUACUCUCAGGCAAAGCAGUGAUCUGACGCUGCGGGAAAUUGUCGAGGUGUGAUUGAUGAUCAAGACCGGAAACAGUUCACUGUGCGUAUGUGUGUGUGUAUAUAUAUAUAUAUAUGAUCCCAAUAAUGAAAAGAUGAGGAUACGACGUUUGGAUUUGGUAGGCAGGGUUUUUUUUUUGGGGGGUUUUGGCUUUAUAUAUAAUUUCCAAGAGACGAAAGAGUGGGGAGAAAAUGUGUCCCCACUGAAAAUAAGACUCGUUUUUCAAUUUCGUAAUUCAAUCCUAUUAAUGCUUUUCCAUCCA